AUGGCUCAGCAAAGAGUUCUGCUGGACCAGGACCAGUUCUAUUGUUCUGUCUGUCUGGAUCUACUGAAGGAGCCAGUAGAUAUUCCCUGUGGCCACAGUUACUGUAGGAGCUGUAUUGAGGACUGCUGGGAUCAGGUUGAUCUGAAAGGUGUCUACAGCUGUCCUCAGUGCAGACAGACCUUCACUCCAAGGCCUGUUCCGAAGAUUAACAUUGUGCUGGCUUUAGUGGUGGAGAAACUGAAGAAGACAGGACUCCAGGCUGCUCCCCCUCCUGCUCUGUGCUAUGCUGGAGAUGUGGUGUGUGAUUUCUGCACUGGGACCAGAAAGCAGAAAGCCCUAAUGUCCUGUCUGGUGUGUCUGGCCUCUUACUGUGAGACUCACCUCCAACCUCACUAUGAAUCUCCUGCUUUCAAGAAGCACAAGCUGGUUAAAGCCACCACACAACUACAGGAGAAGAUCUGCUCUCAUCAUGACAAACUGCUGGAGGUUUUCUGUCGUACCGAUCAGCAGUGUAUCUGUCUGCUGUGUACAAUGGAUAAACAUAAAGGCCAUGAUACAGUGUCAGCUGCAGCAGAGAGGACUGAGAAACAGAGGCAGCUGGGGAUGAGUCAGCAGAAGGUCCAGAAGAGAUUCCAGGAGAGAGAGAAGAAGCUGAUGGAGCUCCAACAGGCUGUGGAGUCUCUCAAGAGCUCUGCACAGGCAGCAGUGGAGGACAGUGAUAAGAUCUUUACUGAGCUGAUCCGCUCCAUUGAGAGAAGACGCUCUCAGGUGAGGAGGCUGAUCAGAGCCCAAGAGAAGGCUCUAGUGAGUCAAGCUGAAGGACUCCUGGAGCAACUGAAGCAGGAGAUAGCUGAGCUGAGGAAGAGAAGCACUGAGCUGGAGCAGCUCUCACACACAGAGGAUCACAUCCAUUUCCUCCAGGUAACUAAAUCUCUCUCCAGUAUCAGUGUAUCUUCAGACUUACCCAGCAUCGUUGUCCGUCCUCUUCAGUACUUUGGAGAUGUGAGUAAGACUGUGUCUGAACUGAGAGAGAAACUAGAAGACUUCCUUAAAGGAGAAUGGACCAAGAUCUCCACUACAGUGAAUACAGUGGAUGUUGUACUGCCUCCAGAGCCCAAGACCAGAGAACAGUUCUUACAAUAUUCCUGUCAGCUCAUACUGGACCCAAACACAGCACACAAACGCCUCUCUCUGUCUGAAGGGAACAGAAAGGGUCUUAAGUCUCUCUAUGACCCUCCUGAGCCUGUGGCCUCUCCCAUCCUGCCUGCCAACUCACACCUCUCCUUUGACGGCAUGACGUUUUAUCCUCCUGAACUGAAAGAUCAACUGGACAAAAUGUGAAGGAGAUGGAAUGAUGUCUAAAAAUGGUAGGGAGUGCACACACAUGAUCUAAGAUAUGAUGUUUUUAACCUCUAUUAAAAUAUGUGCUAUAUUUCUCAUGGAAUGUAAUCAACUUAUUUGAGGUAUAUUGCUGAGCAGUUGUCUAUUUUUGCUCAUUGUGUAAUGUUUUUUAGUCUCAAAACCCCAACACGUUCUUCUCUUAAU